AACAUAUGCUACUAGCAUAGCAAAAUAAGGCAAAAUCUAAUACAAUGUUUGAGUGCUGCAAAUUAUUGUUUUCAGUAUAAGCCUCCAAACGCCUCCAUUAGCACCAAUCAGAUUUAUCUCCCUUUUUCUCCAAAAUAAGGCAAAAUCUGUGUUUUGUUACUGCGAAUGAUUGUUUUCAGUCUAACGCCUCCAAACGCCUCCAUCCAUUCUAUAUCAGAUUUAUCUCCCUUUUUCUCCAAACCAGCUGACAAUGCUGUCAUACUGGGUUCUGUAUAGCUGCUUUCAUAGGCUGAAGCACUGGCAAGCAGACUAGAGGAGGGGUCAUUUUGAGAAAAAACUAAACAAAAGACAUCCUCUGUUAGACAAUGGUGGAAAAUUCAGUGGCGAGACAGGCAGUUACACAAAGUCAGCCGUUCCACAUUCUGUCAGAAAGAGGACCAAAGAAAUGUCAUCCAGGCUUUCGUUACCUGAGGAGGACCUCACCUGCCCGGUCUGCUGUGACAUCUUCAGGGACCCUGUCCUGUUGCCGUGCAGCCACAGCUUCUGCCGGGUGUGUUUGCAGCACAGCUGGGAGGUUUUGACUGCUCGCAGCUGCCCAGUGUGCCGGAGUCGGUCAUCAUGGCGCAACCCCCCCGCCAACCUGGCUCUGAGGAACCUGUGCGAGGCCUUCACACAGGGCAGAGUCCACAGGGAGGCCAACGAGGGCAGGCAGCUCUGCCCUCAGCACGGGGAGAAACUCAAACUAUUCUGCCAGAAGGAACAGCUGCCCAUCUGCGUGGUGUGCCAGACCUCCAAAGCACACAAGGGCCAUGAGUGUCUGCCACUCGAGGAAGCUGCCAUCGACUGUAGGACUGAGCUGAAGGCUGCUCUCAAAACCCUGCAGGACCAGCUAGCUGCCCUGAAUAACAUCAGAUCCAAUGCAGAUAUGACCCUUGAGCACAUUAAGGCUCAGGCCCAGUCGAUAGGCAAGCGAAUCAAAGAUCAGUUUUUGAGACUUCAUCAGUUUCUGUUUGAGAAGGAGAAGGCCGCCCUGUUGGCUCUGAGAAAGGAAGAGGAAGAGAGGCUCCAGGCGGUUAAGGAGAAAGCUGUGGUCACCGCUGAGAAGAUAGAUUCCCUCUCAGAGACCAUCAGGAUCCUUCAGCAGGAGGUGUCUGCUAAUGACCUGACAGUGUUGCAAAAUUUUCAAGCAACUAUGGAAAGGUAUGUGCAGUUUUCCUGGUUCACUCUUGGACCCGUUCUGUCUUACGCUGUGUGCCAGUUCCGGAGAAUAUUAAAGCCAUAUGAGUUCCACAGAGUCCAGGGCUCAGAGCCAGAGCAUGAGAUGGCUGCAGGGUUGUUGAUGGAUGAAGCCAAACACCUGGGGAACCUGAAAUCCAGGGUCUGGGAGAAGAUGAGGAGUGUUGCUCCACACUUUCCUGUGACUUUGGACCCAAACACAGCCCACCCCUGUCUGUGCCUCUCGGACGACCUCACAGGUCUGCAGUACGGCAGCCUCGCUCCACACCUCCCCGGCAACCCGGAGCGUUUCCGCGUGAGUGCGGAGGUGCUGGGCUCCACAGGCUUUCGCACAGGGAGGCACUCAUGGGUGGUGGACACCACCACCAACGAGGACUGGAUCCUGGGCCUGGCCUACCGGUCGGUCCAGAGGAAUGCAGAGGUCUUUGCCAGGCCGGAGAACGGCUUUUGGACCCUGUGUCUGCGGGAUGGCGUGUACCGGGCCAUGACCUCACCUCCGACUGUUCUGACGCUGAGCGGCAAACCCAAACAGAUCCGGGUUGAGCUUGACUGGGAGGGAGGGGAGGUGACUUUCACAGACCCAGAGGAAGACACCACCCUCUACACACUCACACAGACAUUUGAGGAGACUGUGUUGCCAUAUUUCUGCACACGAAGUAAACACCCGCUGAGAAUUUCACCAGAGCCAGCAAAAUGUCACCAGAAGAGUUUAGAAUCGGGACAACCUGUCAAAUCUUCUGAUAGUUUUUGUAAUGGAUUGGAUUUGUAUCCAGAUUGA